CGUCCCGACCGCUCCACCGCCCGGGCAUGGCGUAGCGAGUCCCGAGUUCCGCUCCCCGAUCGGCCCCCAGCGAUCAUGAGAGCCGGCGCCGCUCUCGCGCACACCUACGUAUGGCUCGGCUGUAUAAGCGUCUUGCACAUUCACAACGGAUGGUUGACGACCGUGUUUGCCGCCUCUCCUGGAGGGGGCAUGUACGGUGAUGUAAAUAUCUCAGCCAUCCUCGAUUCAUUUAGUGUUAGUUACGACAAAAGAGUGCGCCCUAAUUACGGAGGCCCUCCAGUCGAGGUCGGGGUGACCAUGUAUGUCCUCAGCAUCAGUUCCCUCUCGGAAGUGCAAAUGGACUUCACCUUAGAUUUUUAUUUUCGUCAAUUCUGGACGGAUCCACGGUUAGCGUUCCAGAAGAGACCUGGGGUCGAAACGCUGUCCGUCGGGUCGGAGUUUAUAAAAAACAUUUGGGUGCCAGACACGUUCUUCGUAAACGAGAAGCAAUCUUACUUCCACAUCGCUACCACCAGCAACGAGUUCAUCCGGAUUCACCAUUCCGGAAGCAUUACAAGAAGUAUUCGACUGACUAUUACGGCAUCCUGCCCUAUGAAUUUACAAUAUUUUCCAAUGGAUAGGCAAUUAUGUCAUAUUGAAAUAGAAAGCUUUGGAUAUACGAUGCGCGAUAUCCGAUAUAAAUGGAACGAGGGUCCCAACUCGGUCGGCGUGUCGAACGAAGUGUCGCUGCCGCAGUUCAAGGUCCUCGGCCACCGACAGCGGGCCAUGGAAAUUAGUCUAACCACAGGCAACUACUCGAGACUGGCGUGCGAGAUCCAGUUCGUGCGCUCCAUGGGCUACUACCUCAUUCAAAUUUACAUCCCCUCGGGGCUCAUCGUCAUCAUUUCGUGGGUGAGUUUCUGGCUCAACCGGAACGCGACGCCGGCCCGGGUCGCCCUCGGCGUCACCACCGUGCUCACCAUGACCACGCUCAUGUCCUCCACCAACGCCGCCCUCCCCAAGAUCUCCUACGUCAAGUCCAUCGACGUUUACCUCGGCACCUGCUUCGUCAUGGUCUUUGCCUCGCUCCUAGAGUAUGCGACGGUAGGUUAUAUGGCAAAGAGGAUACAAAUGCGAAAGAAUAGAUUUAUGGCGAUCCAGAAGUUACAAGCGGAUCAGAAGAAAGGAGUCGAGGCUCAUGUCUCAGGGGUUGGUGGAGACGACCACCAGGCAACCAAACACACAAGUGUCGCCAGCCUUAAUCAAAGACACAUACAAGUGCAGGGGCUCAAAAAUUUUUUGAUAUACCAACCGAAGGAAAAAGUUAGCAGUCAAUGUAGCAGCCAUAUGCAACAGUACACGAGGCCGCGAAACUCAGAUAAUGAGGUGCGGUACAAGGUGCACGACCCGAAGGCGCACUUCAAGGGCGGGACGCUGGAGAACACGAUCAACGGGCGGGCGGACGAGGAGGCGGCGACCCCGGCCCCGCAGCACCUCAUCCACCCGAACAAGGACAUCAACAAGCUCUACGGGAUCACGCCGAGCGACAUCGACAAGUACUCGCGCAUCGUCUUCCCCGUCUGCUUCGUCUGCUUCAACCUCAUGUACUGGAUCAUCUACCUGCACAUCUCCGACGUCGUCGCCGACGACCUCGUCCUCCUCGAGGAGGACAAAUAGGCCUCGCCCCCCGCCUCCGCCGCCUUCUUCGCCCGCCUCCUCCUCAGCUUCCUUGCCGGUCUCCGCCUCGGCCCCGCCUGAAGCCCCGCAGAUCGUCACCCGGAUCGUCCCGUGGCAGUGCUCAUAAGUGAUGGCCAUUCCUGCAUUACCUGUGUAGGGGGUGUUUUGUCUUAUCGAUACCUUUACCACUCUGAAAAAAAGAGUUACGGGCUAUAUAUACGUAAUGUCCGUUAGACAGAAGCCGAAAGUUCUGGGCGCUGGAGUCGUGGUUUCGACUGCUCCGGGUGCUACGCCCGGAACGCGAACGGUAUGCCUAUACAUCCCGUGGUUACGGCUUCCACGGCCGGAGUUCCUUUCUCAGUGCAAACCUUGGCUGAUAUUUUUGCCAAAAAUUUCACUUUUUUUGUGAUAUCACUCAUUCCCCCCCUUAGUACGAGUUUCUCUUACUAAAAUGUGUUUAGAUCGGUCCAAAUGAGCCCCAUAGAAACCCUAAAACUGAUGAGCCAAUCAGGAAGCGGCAUAGACAUGGCAAUACACUUCCUACAUAGGUAAUCAACCUAUUCUCGGGCCAGAUCGAUCUCCAUCGACCAGGUAGAUUUGAUCUUUUGAAAGAGCUAUCCAAUAAUCGAUUUGACAAAUUGUUUGAUCUGACAAUUAGCCUAUGACGUAGCGACGCAGUUGAAGUAAUAGUGAGAUGAAUAUGUAGACCUAAGGUUGGAUCUACCCCGGUCUGUGCUAAUUGGACGUAUUUCUGUCAAACGGAACUAUGUGCAUCAUGACGUGAGCCCUGUUACGCACAUAUUCUUAUGGGUCUCAGGGCUCAUGUCUUAAUGCACAUAGUUCCGUUUGAUAGAAAUACGUCCAAUUACUUCAGCAGAAUGACGUCUCGGCUGUGAUUUUCUUCACGCCAUUAUCAUCCGAAGCAGAUUCAUCCAGAAGAAAAAAGCGUUUACCCGAAUUUUAGAGUUUAGCCUAACCUCGCACACAUCAGUUUGCAUAAUCGCACAAAACACGUCAUUGUAGGGUAGGGUCUGUUGACGACACAUGUGUUGUAGACAGGUCCUAAUACUUUUCGUUCCGAAUCGAAGUCGCUUUGCGAUGUAUCGAUUGAUCUGCCAUUUAAACCCAUGGGAAAGGAUCGAUGAACAGGGUGCUCGCAACGAACGCCUGAAUAAUCGAUUCUUUGCCACAGCUUCAAAUGGGGAAAUAUCGAACAUUGAUCUUUGACGCCAUUCUGGCUUAGCAGCUUUAUAAUUUGACUACACUUUGCAAUUUUUAGGAACUGCAAUCUCUGGCCCAUCCGAAAAAACACGUAUGUGUGUAGGGGAACUAAUGGCACUUAUGUUGUUUCUAAACUGAGCCAGAAAUUGUAGGUCUUAGUUGCAAAAUUUAGUACGAUUCGGAGUCGUUCGGGCUAUCGGGUCACAUCCUUAAUCGUUCAUUUAACUUCAGAGCCACUCUAAGCUCGGUGAGAGAUACAUUCGGCGAAAAAGCAUUUACGCUGAAGUGGCCCCGAAUCAGUGGCGUGGCGUGAAUAAUCGAUUAUCGAUAUCUCGCCAUUUGAAGCUAUGGUAAAGAAUCGAUUACUAAGGUGUUCGCUGCGAACACCCUGAUAAUCGAUCUUUUUUUCAUGGGUUUAAAUGGCACAACAAUCGAUAUAUCGCAAUUCACGCCACGCCACUGCCCCGAAUGAAUGUAGCCCAAAGAAGCUCUAGAGCUAAGAUUAUAUUGCUAAGCUAAGAUUAUAUUGGUGUUACGGGCAAUGGUAGUCUCUGCAGUGAAUUAAUGUGUGCGCCAGGUCAAGCUAAUUUUGCGGGAUCGAACACUUUUUUGGUGAAAAUUUGACCACUGUCGACGGGAA